CUCCGCAGUAGUCGGGUAUCUGCAGUCGCGUCAGGCGCCCACGUGUAUUUUUUGCGUCAUAGUAAUAACAAUAUUAUAAUAUACCUGCAGUGUGUACAUACUAUAACAUUGUUAUGGUAUAGGUACAAUACGGUGCAGGGACUUUACGUAGUAUUGUGUGUUAUAUAAUGUGUGUUGAAAUCUCGUGAAACCAAAUAUUUUAUACGGAUUAAACGUCGUCGUGUAACACUUGCUCAUCUACUAGCCGUAUAUUAACAAUAAUAAUUUUCGGGGUCGUUAAAAUAAUAUAUGUUUGUACUCGACAGAAUCCGCAUAAUAAUAGACGCACGAGAUCAACGUUCUUCCGCGAUCCCGACGAACUAUGCGAUGCCGAAAUCUUAUAAUAAUAAUUACUCACGGAAAAAUCGUACACAUUAAUACCACCAACCGCCAUCAUUAUUAAAGUGUUUUUUGUCACGAUCGUAUAUAAAAUACAUUUAACAUAAAAUGUAUAAUUUUCUCAUGUAACACGCCACACACAUUACAUUAUAACAACUUGGGCCGAUCGUUGUCGUGUCCAACAAGGUCGCUAUUAUUGAAGAUCAAGGGGUUGUCCGUGAACUUCACGAGUAUUUGCAUUUCCCCGUAUUUUUUGUCGUUUUUUUGUUGUUUUAACAUAAAAGUAAUAUCCAGACGCCGUUUGCCAUGACAUCGACACUGUACAAUAAGAUUGGACUUAUACCCAAACAGAAACCGAUUAGAGUAAUGAUCAUGGGACAACCCGGCGUAGGGAAAACUGCACUAUUGGUGCGAUUCGUGACGAAAAAGUUCAUUGGUGAUUACGAUCCCAACCUAGAAAAAAUGUACACAUACCAAGUGUCCAUGGAAUCGGAAAUGGUUAACUUUGAGAUAUUAGACACCGCUGGAUACGUACAAGACAAAUCUUGCAACUUGGAAAUGAACAUGCGCUGGGCUGACGUGUUCAUACUGGUAUACUCCAUUACGGAUAAAUGUUCGUUUGACGAUUGCAGUAGGCUCAAGUUUUUGAUUAACUACAAUAAAAAGAAACGUCGUCUUUCCACUAAAGACCAUCCAUUUGAUGUGCCAGUGAUACUGGUCGGUAACAAAGUGGACCAACAGUACGAUCGGAUGGUGACGUACGCUGAAGGUAGGAAACGGUGCCAGGAACUUGGGUGCGUGGCUUUUCAUGAGAUUUCAGUGCGGGAAGAUGUUGAUCAGGCAUAUGCAGUGUUUAAGGAAGCGUUCACUUGUUGGAAAUCAAUGUCUAAAAAUCCAAAACUAAAACGUUCUUCUUCUGAUCACGGUGCAGAAGCACUCUUCAAUUCAGCUUCUAGAUUCAUAAGUUGGCCGUUAGUGUUUGGCGACAGCGCGUGCAGUUCAUCAAAUCGUUCGGAAGACACUCCCGAGUUCCGUGCCAGGGCUUCAACGGAAGGACACAUCCGGUCGGGCACGACGGCUUGCCGGUAUCUGCCCACGUUGUCAGCCAGAGGAAGUAUUUGCUGCUACUUGAAAAAAUGAGAGUCAACACCCACCAAAGCGUAUUAACAUGCACAUGAUAUUGCGACGUGUUGUAUAUUAUUAAGCUAUGUAUAUAUUGCGAGUGGCACCGAUAAAAUAAUUGCCUUUAUGCACAAUCCAAAUAUAAUAUGACACCAUCGAUUAAUGUAUUAUGUACCUAUAUAAUAUUAUAUAACUACGUUAAUACACGUAUUAUUGGUAUUAUUUUACUAUAUAUCACUAUAUUAAGUAGUAAGUAUAGUAAGUACAUACCUAACUAUCAAGUAUGUACUUAUGUAUACAAUUUAUAUUAAUGUGAACCAUAACAUCACGCGUUAGUGAAAAAAUAACAAUUUUAUUGACUCAUAUAAUAUACUUACACGGCUAUAUACACGUGUAUACAAAUAUUCAAAAAAUACCUUGAUAAAAGUAACCUAUGACUACAACAACGACGAGCAUGAGUG